AUGCCCAAAUUGAAAACAUUGAAAAAUAUUAUUGAUCGAAUGAAAGCAAUGUCUAAUUUUGUUACAUUGCAAGCGAAUAAAUCUGGCGAUAUGACGAUAAAAGUUGAGACAGAUACAGCUCAAGUAGCUACGUAUUUUACAGGUCACCAAGGAACAUCAAGAACAGAUUCUACCAAUGAUGACCGAUCUCAAUGGGAUUUGCCAAUAACACAACAAUCAAAUACAUCAUCAACAGAUUCUCUUGAUACAGCUGAAGUUCGUUUAGAUAUUAAGAAAUUUUCUCAAUUACUUCAUUCACAACAACCAUAUGCAGAAAAAAUGGUUUUCAAUUUCUGUAAUAAUAACAUGUUACAUAUUUGUAUUGUUGCAGAAUAUUUUACACUUCAAUGCAUUCUACCUUCGAUUCAACUGUAA